AUGGUAGGCGGCGGAGAUGGCGAACGCGGCGGAGUUGGUGGUCGUGGCGGUAACAAAGCGGAGGCAAAUCAGUUGCUCGUAACAUCGGAGAAGCUUCUAUCGUCUAGUGACUUCCAAGGAGCCAAGGCGUCAGCGAUCCGCGCAUGCAAAUCCGACCCGACCCUAGCGGAAGCGGCGGACUCCAUCCUCACAAUCUGCGACGUUCUCAUAGCCAGCGAGAUUCGUCUAGGCGACUCAAAAUUACCUGACUGGUACGCCGCGCUGCGACUCGGUCGGUUAGCUCAGAACCCCGAACACGUCGCGACUCAGUACCGCAGGCUCGCUCUCCUCCUCAAUCCGUCGGUUAAUCGCUUUCCGUUAGCCGAUCAGGCGUUUAAGGUCGUCUCCGAUGCUUGGCACGUGCUCUCCGAUCCCUCGAGGAAGUCGCUGUACGACCAAGAGGUUCAACUGAGUCAACUCGUCCAACCGCAGCAGAAGCAACGUUUCAUAUGGAAACCUAGCCAAAGCACCACCAAAGUAGUAGCAGUAUCACAACAUCCGCCUUCUGUUGCUCCGCCAGCUACAUCCACCGUUGGAUAUCCGCAGCGGAGGAGCGAUCCUACGGCGACGAGCUUCUGGACUGCUUGUCCGUACUGUUUUGUGCUCUUUGAGUACCCUAAGGCUUACGAGGAAUGCGUUUUGAGAUGCCAAGAUUGUAGAAGAGCGUUUCAAGCUGUGACGAUACAGAAACCUCCUGUGGAAGGGAAAGGUGAAGAUGUUUACUUCUGCUCGUGGAGCGUAUUCCCGCUGGGGUUUUCUGGAGAGUUUAAAGCUCCGAGCUGGUCACCUAUUUCACCUCUUAUUGCAUGCCCUCUGCAAAUGGUGGACGAUGAACGGGCCACUAAGAAGAGAAAGGAACCUGCUCCUCCUAGAUUUUUCUAUGACGAUGAUGACAUAUAUGUUGCUAUUUCCGAUGAUGAUCAUGAGGAAAAUGGCCCUAAUGAGUUACAAGCGAAGAAUGUCGGGAAAGGGAAAGAAAAACUUGUGAGGAGUAACAAGAAACAUGGAUCAGAGAAGGCUGGGAGGGGAAUCCAACAUGUAGAAAGUAUCGGUGGUGCUAGCAAUCAUGCGGCUUCAAUUGCUUCAUAUGUUACUCCUGUUGGUUCCUCGUCUAUGUCAAAACCAAUGAGUAGUAGAAAAAGAACGGGAACUGAAGCUAAGAACCUAGGAAGGUUGGAUUUGAAUGUGGAGUUCAGUAAUGAAGUGGAAGAGCCAGCUGUGGCAGGCGGGAGAAAUGAAGGCAAUGGGCUCGGAAGUAACAGGGAGGUGGAUAAUAUGGAAGGGAUUGGGUUCUUUGAGGACCUUGAUGAAUUCUUGAGUAGUUUGCCGAUAUUUUCUGUCGAUGGGGAUGAUAAGAUCAAGGCUACUUAGUGAAUAAAAGGUAGUGGCAGGAACAGGUUUGCAGCUUCGAUCAUACCGGAGUUUUCGUAACCCUUUGACAAGAAUUUCUACCAAGGUCUAUGGUAAAGACGUAAAUGGCUUUGUAGAGACUCUUCUUUUGUAGUCGCUGUAGGCAUUCUUACAAAUGUUGGAGUUUUCACUUACCUGUAAGCUGUAACGAGAGUCUGCAAGAAGAUGCCAUAGCUAUUUAACCAAUGCGUAUGUACACAUUAUCUAUCUUUUAGAAGCUCCUGUUUAGCUACAGGGUAGGGUAAAGGUUUCAUUGUUGAUUCAUAAACUUGUUCAAGAUGAUAGUAGAAUGUAGAACUGCAAUUCUAACUCCUUGAUUUUCUUCAGUGACUAAACUGUUUAGGCUCUAAACGUUCCUGUGCUAUCUAUUGUUUCUUAUUAUGAUGAAGACAGGUUGAUAGUCGUCGGAAAAUCAAAGCCAUGC